GACAACGACUCUUACCGUACAAUAACAAAAAUGGCUUCUUUGGAUGUCCACGUCAGAAUCUGUGGACAAGAAAUUAUCAAAUAUGAUCUAGAAAUCAAAGCUCUUAUUCAGGACAUUAGAGAAUGUCCGGGUCCGCAGGCGGUAUUGAUGGACCUCAACGCACAGGUGAAGGAUAAAUUCAACCAGCUACGUCUGAGGAUCCAGAAUCUAGAGGAGAUGGCUAAAGAGCAGGAUCGAGAAACAGACCAGCAGGCCAUCCUAAAGGAGACCGAGAGCCAGCACAGACAGAUGCUCAGUAACCAGACAGCGUGGAGGAAGGCUAACCUAGCUUGUAAGCUGUCCAUAGACAUGCUGGAGAAGGAUGAGCUUCUGCACGGAGGUGACGGCAACAUCAGGCAGAGGAAGGCAACCAAGAAGAGCCUGGUGCAGACCAGCAGUGACAUCACAGAGAGCCUGAUGAGCAUCAGCAGGAUGAUGUCACAGCAGGUUGAGCAGAGCGAGGACACCAUCGGCACCCUGUGUAAUACAUUUAAAACUUUCCACCUCAUCCCGGACGGUUCUGGAGACCAACGAGGAGUUCAAGAACAUGACAGGAACCAUCCACCUGGGCCGCAAGCUCAUCCUCAAGUACAACCGGCGUGAGCUCACUGACAAGCUGCUUAUCUUCCUGGCCAUGGCGCUGUUCCUUGCUACCGUCCUCUUCAUCCUCAAGAAGCGGCUCUUCCCUUUCAUAUAGACACACACCCCCAAAUAUUAACACGCAAUAUACCACACAUGCAAUAAAUAUGGUUCCUCAUUCAUUUUCAACUUGCAUAUAUGUAAAACCAAA